UUGACGUUCCAAGCCAUUUCAAACAUUAACGCUUCAACACCAUCAUCAAUUUUCAGGCCAUCGAUCUCACCAUUAAUUUUCAGGCCAUCGAUCACCGCCACUAGUACGGUCUCCUCACCCAAAUUCCGACCAUCGCUUGUUCUUGGGAGACAACCGCCUCAAACCAGUCCUUCCGGAAAUCUUGAACCGUUCACUGAUCUGCAAGAUAAGCAACCUGCAAAAGAUGCAACGUUGACUCGCUCAAUAUCAUCAUUACCACAACAUCUCAGCAGUUCGUUAUCAGUUUCAUCCUCUCAAUUAUAUCCCAAUAAUCAACAAACUCAAUCAGAAUCUAAGCAUUUCGUACCAGUUCACAGCUAUACAGGUCUUGAAUUGCCCACGAUAACUGCAAAGGGUGUUCAACCGUUACUAACCUCCUUAAAGUCCUUCAAUUCACGCUAUCCAGUCCGUCGUUACAUAUCAGGUGAUCAUCUUUAUCGAUGCACUUCUGAAUUAUCCCUUCAACCCUCACUGCCACUCGCGUCGCCUGAUUCCGUGCCUCACAACACAUCGCCUUUCAUUGGAGAAGCUUCUAAUUCGAGCCAUAUUCCACUCAAUAAUCAGUCAUCGUUCGAACCUCGUUCAUCAUCUGGCAAAUUCAACGCUAAAAUUGUUGACGAAUCCAGACCUGUCAAAAUCGCUGUUGUUACAACUUUUACACAAGACGACGAUUUUGACAGUGAGCAGUAUUCAAUACGGCUAGGCGGCUACUAUCCUUCCCAGCCAAAUCUCACUCAGCAACCCGAAAACGUUAAUUUUGCCGAACCAACUCCGCACGACAGUGACAAUAAGCCACAACAGCCUACUGCUUCCAAAGAAGAAGCCCGAGACGUUACUCCAAAUAAAGUGACAGUUCAGCCGUCUUCAUCCCCGUCUGCACCACCUCUGCCUUCAUCACCUCCUCCAGUUGUUCUUUCAGGAGGUGUAACGAACAAAAAACUUAUCUACAAGGAAUUUGCUGCGAUUAAACCAAUUACUACAAGUGCUGACGAAACUUUUACCAUUAUCACACCAAGUGAUUCAUUACCAGUAUUGUCAGGAAGUAGCGCCGUUAAAAAACUACCUUAUAAAUUGUAUCGAGCCGAACCAUUUGUCUCUGUUGACGACGAUUCGGCAGACGAACAAUUGUAUUCAGAAGCGGCGACGAUUCCUUUGUCGCCAUCUGUUGAACCUACUCAACUGAAAUAUAGUAGGUCAUUUAGUGAAAGCUCUUAUCAGCAACCAUCAUCAUUUCGCUUCACUUCCUCUUCUGAAAGCACAGUCCCACCAACCCAGCACCUUUUUAAACCAUCACAAAGUUUUGAUUCCAUAAGGACCUCACGUGAUAGCAAAAAUUUCAAUGCAUCACACCAGUCGGAACUAUCGAAUGAAAAUCGAGUCAAAAACGACGAACAAAACAGUCAAGAAAAUUUAUCUAAGCCACUGAAUGCGUACAGUGACAUCAGCAGUCGUUUUAAAAGUGCGACACGUUUCUUCGAGAGAAAAAUAAGUGAAAGUGAUUCUCGUAAUACCGUUCAAUCACCACGUCGAACUGAUCGUCGUCGUUCAUUUCUAGCAGUAUCUUUAUCUAACGCCUCAUCACCAACCGAUAUGCCUUCAAUUAACGGCGAUUCUUCACCAACGCUCGGAAUCGUCAACCAAAAAUUUUUUGCUGAAGACGGUGCUGGUUGCGCCCAAUGGAAUCCGAAACUUCUUAUCAAUAAACUUUACGAGGUCAGCUAUAAUCCUCGGAAAGAAUCAAAGCUGAACCGUUUCACAAAUAUGGAAGGACAUUUGGAUGUGCCUGUAGAUGAUCAGAACCAGGUUGUUGAGUUGCAAAAGUCAUGGACACAAAAAUAUUUCAGAACACGCGAUGGUCGUUUGCAGUGGUUUGUGUCCCAUUUCGCUGAUGAUACACCAGUGGGUGAGGUAUUAUUAUCUGGAUGUGAAGUGGAUGCGAAUCGUGACGAAGGGACACUGUCGAUUCAUGGCGGAAGAGAUCAUGUCAAAAUGAUUGUUAGAGUACCACCAACAUCGAAUCUGUUCGAUAAAUGGCGAAAGGCGAUAACGAGUCAUUCAGCCUCAUCAUAUCUCGACUCAUUCGUUCAUCCCGUAUAUCCACCAUUACCUCACAUCACUGAGAAGAUCGCGAUAAUUGAGUUGGGUUCGUGUUCAAUUCGUGCUGGUGUGCUCACAAUGGAACCGUCUUUACCGCAAACCUUCUUCCCGAACAUAGCUCUAAAGAAGGAAGAUAACUCUGGAAUCAUCGUAGGCGCUGAUGCUCUUAUUCCCGAGAAUCGGCAAAGUGGUGAAUUAAUACGACCGAUCACAGCACCAGAUCCGACCCUCGAACGGUAUACGGUCGAUAAACCUGCGUUGAAAGCGUGCUUCGAGAAGUGCGUUGCCGACCUUGGAAUUGAUCCUCGCAGAUAUCGGGUAUGUCUAUUGCACAGCUUCUUAAAUAUGAAUGCAACCCUCACGGAAGUACUGCUCGCAAUUCCACAAAGCAUUCCAACCGUACUUAUUGCAGACAUCCUCAAAAUCGUUUUGGAAGAGCUUCAGUUCUCGGGUGUUGCAAUAUCAAGACAACCGAGUUUAAUUCUGUACUCUUAUGAUGUUUCAACGGGUGUCGUUGUUGAUAUUGGCGACCGUCUAAAUAUUGUUCCUGUUAUUGACGGUAUACCAUCGACAAUUUCCUUUCGUUUUGAAAUUAAUUUUAUCAAUUGCAACAAAAUAAACAUUCUUAGUUGA